AUGCUGGGAGCACGACCCGGGAUAUGGAUGACCAUUAACCUCACCGAAGGCAUGUGGCAGGCGGCGAAUCUGCCGGUGUCAUUGAUUCGAUUGCUUGCAUAUCGGCUGAUUCGCUGUAUGUAUCGAAAACGCAGGACUCUUCAAGGGCCAGCAGCAAACUUUCACAACUCGGUUGCUGUGAGAGGUAAGUGUUCUACUUAUGAGUGAUA